GCCGCUCACCUGCUGCGGCCGCACCCGCGCGCGGCCGGGGGUGGGGCCGCGGCCUCCUGGCGGAGCGGCUGCCGCGCGGGGCGGCGGUGGCGGCGGAGCGAUGGCGUGCGGGGGCUUCGCCUGCUCCAAGAACUGCCUGUGCGCCCUCAACCUGCUCUACACGCUGGUGAGCCUGCUGCUGAUUGGAAUUGCAGCAUGGGGAAUUGGCUUUGGCCUCAUCUCUAGUUUCAGAGUUGUUGGAGUGGUAAUCGCAGUGGGAGUCUUCCUCUUCUUUAUUGCCUUAGUUGGAUUGAUCGGUGCAGUGAAACAUCAUCAAGUAUUGCUAUUCUUUUACAUGAUUAUUCUUCUGCUAGUCUUUAUUGUCCAGUUUUCUGUCUCCUGUGCCUGUUUGGCACUAAAUGAGGAACAGCAGAGUGAACUUCUAGAGGUGGGAUGGAGUAACACCAACAGUGCAAGAACAGAUAUUGAGAGAAAUCUGAAUUGUUGUGGAUUCAGAGUUUUUUAUCCGAAUGAAACAUGCGCCGCUGAUUGUCUUAGAACUCUCCACUGUAGACCAUGUGCACCAAUAAUGGAAGAAUAUGCUGGAAUGGUGCUGAGAUUUGUCGGCGGGAUAGGACUCUUCUUCAGUUUCACAGAGAUUCUGGGAGUUUGGCUGACUUACAGAUACAGGAACCAAAAGGAUCCCCGUGCAAACCCUAGUGCAUUUAUUUGAUGAGUUUCUAAAGGACUAAAUCUUCUCUCUGCACCCUCUACUUAAAAAUACUGAUUCUCCAUAGUUUGGUAUUUCUCCAUAAUAGGUAUUCUACAUGUACUCAAAAUAAAACACAAGUCCUUUAAGAAAUGUGUAGUUUUCAUAUUUAAUUUCUACUAUUUUUCUUCUAAGAAUCUCUAUCUUAAAGUAGAUGGGUGCAUUCAGUAGCUGGCCAGAGUUGAACUGCUGGUUAAGACUUUGUUAAUUGUUAUGGUAAACUCUAUACAAUGAGUUUUAUAGCACUACUGGGUUAUCUGCUGUAAAAAAAAAAUCCUAAAGGUAUUUUCUGCUGUAUUCAUUGAUUAUAAAAAUUCACAUGAAUUCUCAUUAAAAUGAUAAAAAUUUA